UUGCACAAGAACAUGGAAAACAUGAAAAUGAAGAAUGCCGAAAUAAAGAGUGAGAGGACGAACAAUACAAAGGAAGACAUGAAGCUUUGGGAAUCAGACUUGCCUCUAGACGAUGUUAAGCGAUACUCGCGUCAGAUUAUCCUUCCAAAAAUAAAGAUAAGUGGCCAGAAAGCUUUGGACAAGGCAAAAGUUUUGGUAGUUGGAUUGGGCGGUCUUGGCUCUCCUGUGCUGAUGUACUUGGCUACAACCGGUAUAAAAACAAUAGGAAUUGUUGACUAUGAUAGGGUUGAAUUGCACAAUCUCCAGAGACAAAUCAUUCAUACUGAAGAAAAUGUGGGUGAAUUCAAGACUACUAGUGCUCGUGAAUUUAUAGCUAAAUUAAACUCGUCGAUUAAUAUCAUUGAGCACAAUGUACAGCUAAGCAAUGAAAACAUAAUGAAAAUCCUGAGGGACUAUGAUGUGAUAGCUGAUUGCUGCGACAACGUACAGUUGAGAUAUUCGAUUAACGAUGCUUGUAGAGUGCUAGGCAAGGAUCUUGUAUCGGCAUCUGUUUUAAGAUGGGAAGGCCAAAUCUGUGUUGUGAGAAGAGGAGGUGCGUGCUACCGUUGUAUGUUUCCUGAAAUGAAAACAACAGCAUCGUCUUGUGACAUGAGUGGAGUAAUGGGUCCCGUGUGUGGAAUUGUUGGUAGCUUGCAGGCCAAUGAGAUUGUAAAGCUGAUAUUAGAAAAUAAUGCACCUCCCAGUUCAUGUAAUAGUAGCUCUUCCGAUCCAGAGAACCUUGGCACUUUUAUUGUUUUUAAUGGAAUUUUAAAUCUCUUUAAAACUUUCAAAAAAUGCUAUAAGUUUUGUACGGUGUGCGAAACAGGAAGAAUGGGGGAGAUUUUGCCAAUGUCAUGUGGAACGAGUAACAUAUUCCGGGCGGGAAUCAUGCCUUGGGAUAGAAUUAUAGAACACAUCAAAGACUAUGUGAUGGUUGAUAUUAGAACUACUGACCAUUUUCAGAUGUUUAGAGUGGCAGGAUCCGUUAACAUUCCAGAGAUAGAAAAGAAUGUUGAAAGAAUAAAGCAGUUUUACAAGCCAGUGAUUGUGUCGUGCUACAAGGGCAAGAGUUCAAGAAAAGCAGCUGAUUUCCUCAUCAAUAGCGGAAUAGAAGCCUAUAGCUCGGAGGGUGGCAUUGAAGGAUUUAAAGAUUUUAUUGGGUUCAAAAACUUGAUAUAA